UGGAUCAGUUUUGGGCUGGGCUGACCUAACAAAAAUACAUAAUGUGGCCUGGACCGAUCAAACCUUUCUGCGAAGACUCCAGUCCGACCAAGAAAGUGUCUGUUCUCCACCUCGACUCAAAAACACAUGAGAUAUAAGUAAUAGAACUGGGUCCCCACUCCCCAGUUAUAACCGAGGAAGGAGGAUUACUGUAAGCUGUAAUCCGUUUGAUAUAUUUUUCCUUUUUUUAGUUGGAGUUUUGAAUUGCUGACAGAGAGACAGAGAGAGGCGGAGAUGGGCUUGUCGUCCCUAAUUCUCCUUAUUUUGUUUUAUCUGUUCAAUUAUGUCUCGGCCGAGCAGAUCUUAGCUACCCAUCCUGCAGGUGUGUCAUUUGGGCAUAGCUCCCGUGAACCAAAAUACAAGAUUGAAUUUCAUUCAGUGGGAUCACCCUUUCAUCCUGAUGAAGAUCAAGAAUCAGUUGUAAUGUCAAGCAAAGAUGGCCAGAAAUUCCAAUGUUUCUUGCCCAGGGUUGAGAAAUCCAGAACUGGAAAAGAAGUAACCCAACACAAUACUAGCAACAUGAUUGUGGAAACUGAGAGACGGGCUAACUUGAAGACACCGGAUGAGUUACUUGAAUUGCUAAAGGAGGGAUGCUUCAUUAGACAAGAGGGUUGGUGGUCGUAUGAGUUUUGUUAUCAGAAGCAUUUGCGGCAAUUUCAUUUGGAGGAAGAUAAGGUGGUUCAGGAGUUUAUUUUAGGUUUGUAUGAUGCUGAGGCAACUGCUGCUUUCCACCAGAACCUAUCUGAUGUGUCUAAGUUGAAAGAUCCUCGUUCAAAAGAUGCCUCUCAAAGGUAUCAUGCUCAUCAGUACACAAAUGGAACCAUAUGUGAUCUCACAAAUCAGCCUCGGGAAACUGAGGUGAGGUUUGUAUGUUCUGAGCAGCCUAGAGUUAUGAUUAGUUCCAUAACAGAGCUGUCCACUUGCAAAUAUGCUACAACAAUUCAAAGUCCCAUGCUUUGUAAGCACCCCUUAUUUCAGGAAGAGAGACCAGUUUGGCAUACCAUCAACUGUAACAAGCUUCCACGAGACCGCAAAGAGAAGAAUGUGGAAAGCAGCUCAAAAGAUAGACAGAUAAAUAUGGUAACAGACAUUGAAUUUCCAUCUAACCAUUAUUCACAACAACAUGCCACAUAAACGUAUACGAUGCUGCAAACAUGUUACUAGAUACUGACAUGGAGAGCUUUCUCAUUAUCAUUAGAGGAUAGCAGAAUUUGUAACUCGGAUAUAAAUUUCUAUUAAUGAAUCUCAAAUCAGUUCUUUAAGUUCAUCUUGUUGAAUCCUUACAAAUUGGGCCAUAUUUUGACUUGUAAUAAAAGGCCAUUGUUCUUGGGAGGCACA